AUGUUUGAAGCGGUGUGGCCAAAGAGUGCCAUGUCGAGAACCGAAUUUCAGGAUGAAACUCCGUCCUGGCGGGUGGUGGUUUCCGCGCUUUUGUGCAUAGUUCUGCCAGAAGCACUAGCCAUGGCCCUGUUUUCCAGCAUGGGCUUUGUCGUGACAGUUGCGGAACUUGCCACGAAGGAGAACAUGGAUAUGGCUGGCAAUGGGCUGGCGGCAUUGUGCGCUGUCAUGGCGGCGUUUGCUUUUGUGAUUGAUGUCCAUCGAAGAGGACCGCUGGUGCAAGUGAUGAUAGGCAUUCUUCUAGCUGGCUUCUGUCUGGCAGCAUCAUCCUUGAAGUGCAUCAGCUAUCCCUGGCUUAGUGGCCUUGUUUGUUUUGCCUUGGCCAUUGUCAUGGUAGCCUUGUUGCGCGCACGUUGCUUCAAGGUGGGUACAAUGACAGGUCAGCAUUUCUUCAACGGCAUCGCGACGAGUUUCAUUUUGAGCGCUCUUAUUGUGAUUGCUGCAUGGGCAGCCUGGCAGGUCAUGGAGGAACGCUCUUGGCGUGAGAGCACGAGAACAUGGCUUGCAGAGCAGAAUCUGGCUGUGUACAAGUCCCUCGAGGUGAACUACACAGCAGAGUGCAACGAGAGCCUCAUCAACACUAGCUCAACCGCAGAAGCAGCUGCGGUUUCCUUGGCUUGCAAAAAGGCAGAAACAGUUUGGUUUCUCCAGUGGGCCAGUCCUUGCGCCCUAGCAAUUUGCAAUGUGAUUGUAGCUGGGUUUAGCUGGGUCUUUGGGCAAGCUGCAGCAAGCAUGAAGCGUGAGGACUGUGAAGAUGCAAGCGAGCAUGAAGCAAAGCAUGUGAAAAAAGUUCUCAAGACCAGUUUUGCAUUGGUUGUUCUCAUGCUGGGCAUCAUGUACAGCGCGCAGUAUGUAUCUGGUGCAAACGUGACAGUCAGCUCGGGCCUGCUUGCUUUAGGUGCGGCAUCAGCAGCUGCCAUUGUUGGUUUCAUGCUGCUAGAGUUCGGCCGUGACCGGCUGCAGGCAGUGUCACAGAGAGACGCACUGGCGCAAAUUCUUUCUGGUAUACUGAAGUCGGACUGGGUGAAAGCCGUUGCGGUUGCUUGCCUUAAUGUCUGUAUACCAGUGAUGGCCCUCUUGGACAUGAUUCGCGAGAAGAUCCGCAGGUGCACAAAACAUCCACCACCCUCCAAAGGCAAAUUUACAACGGAGGGGCAGUGCAUCGUCAACGACAUGAGAGCCUGGAAUUGGUGCAGUAUUUUCUUCAAAGUGAACCGCCUUGGAAUGCUGGGUGUGUCCUUAUUGCUUGGUAUGAAGUUCACGUAUGUCUUCUUUUCAUGGCUAAAUGAGAUCUUAUCAGCCGCAAACUUGUCCUUCCCAGUAUUGAGCUUGAUGAUCCUGGGCGUGGGUCUGUCUAUGUUUCUUUGCCCCAUUGUUCCCGGCAGCGCUGUGUAUCUUUUUGCUGGUGUGGUUUUGGGCGCCCAGUCUCAGAACUCCGUGGGCUUCGAAGUGGGUGUGGUGGCUGCGGCAGUGGUGAGUUCGGUUGCCAAGAUGAUCGCUUGCUUGUUGCAGUACUCCAUGGGCUUUGCCAUGGGCAAGAGUGUAAAGGUGCAACAAUUUGUGGGCGUUGACAAGGUGCCCAUCAGAGCCAUGGAGCAGAUCUUAAAGCAGAAUGGCAUGAAAAGCGACAAAGUUGCCAUACUAGUCGCUGGACCGGACUGGCCGACAAGCGUUCUCUGUGGCAUUUUAGGUCUGCGAAUUCCGCCGAUGCUGAUUGGGACAAGUCCUGUAAUUCUCGUCAGCGUCGUACCUCAAGUCCUUGUUGGCGCAUUGCUGACUUACGAGAGUGGCUCAACUGGCUUAAUGAGCAUUGUAUCAAGUUCUGUGACCCUGGCUGCCGCUGUAGUGCAAGCGCUAGCUAUGUUUUACUUUACAUAUCGAAUAAUGAGGGUCGUGGACCAAUGUGGGGAUGAACUGAAGCGGUUCCGACCUGAGCAUGCAGCAGUGGCAGAGUUGACUAAAAGAGAACUAGCCUUUGUUGAAUCCCUUCGGAAAGUUUCUGACUGGAACGCGAUGAGCCUGAUCAAGCGUUCCAUGGUGAUGCUUUCUUCGGGUUGCAUCAUGCUAUGUAGCUUCCUUUUGACAGCCGAUUACUCUAUGGCAGACAAGUUUGCCCUUCGAAGCUUUUCGCUAACCAAUAGCAUCGGUGCUAGCUUUGAAGCGGGAGGCUUGGAUGGAAAUGUUCUGAAUAUCGUGAUGCAGCCGAUUGGCUGGAUUGCCCUGGGCCUUUUCUUUGGGGGCACUGCGAUCGACGUGCUUGUCACCAAGAUGCUUGCCCGUGACGCGCGCCACGACAUUCUGCCGCACCAACAGCGAGUGCAAGUGGCACCUUGCUCGAUUGGCAAUCCAGAGGCGUCUUUUCUUCCGCGUGGGGGUCGAAGGAGUCAAGAUACGGAAUAG